GCUUGGCAGUCGUUUCGGAUGGUGGGGGAAUAUGUUAGGCCAGUGUUGCUUGUGUUUCAAUCCCGAAAAACUGAUCCAACAGAAAAUCUGUUGAAAGAAAGCAAAGGUGCAUCCUGGAGUCCCAUAAACACAGGAGUGCAAAAAGGCAGUGGACAGAUUCAGCUAUGGCAGUUUCUCCUCGAGCUCCUGUCAGACAGCGCCAACAUGUCCUGCAUCGCCUGGGAAGGGACGAAUGGAGAAUUCAAGCUAAUUGAACCAGAUGAGGUGGCACGGCGAUGGGGCGAGCGCAAAAGCAAGCCCAACAUGAACUACGACAAACUCAGCCGCGCAUUGCGCUACUACUAUGACAAAAACAUAAUGACAAAGGUCCAUGGGAAGCGAUAUGCUUACAAGUUCGACUUUCACGGGUUGGCUCAGGUUUGUCAACCCUCAUCAACAGAGCAAGCUCUUUAUAAAUUCCAGAGUAAUUUUGCCCCCAUUCCCUUUUCAGGGAUUUCAAAGCUAAACCUGGUUGGUCCAGGCGUCGGUUCGUCUGGAUUCUCUUAUUGGCCGGGGUCGCCACCGACUCUCUACCACAGUCACAACCUCCAACCCCCGGGUCCGUUUGGUUCUGUGUCUGCCUCGCACAUCAGCUGCGUCAACAACAUCAACAACCUGAAUAAUAUCAAUAACCACUACAAUUGACUCCUAUUAACUCUACCAAUAAUGUUGUUUAA